AUGGCGCCCGAGGAGACGGCGGAGGCCGAGAGCGUGCUGCAGAGUUUCGAGCGCCGCUUCCUGGCGGCGCGCACACUGCGCUACUUCCCCUGGCAGAGCCUAGAAGAGAAAUUAAGGGACUCAUCAGGUCCUGAGCUACUGCUGAAUAUUUUGCAGAAGACUGUGAAACAUCCUCUCUGCGUGAAGCAUCCGCGAUCAGUGAAGUAUGUCCGGUGCUUUCUCUCGGAGCUCAUCAGAAAGCACGAGGCUGUCCACAUGGAGCCUUUGGACGAGCUGUACGAGGCGUUGGCAGAGGUCCUGAUGGCUGAGGAGCCCACCCAGUGCCACCGGAGCUAUCUGCUGCCUUCCGGAGACUCAGUCACGCUCUCUGAGAGCACAGCCAUCGUUUCCCAUGGUACCACCGGCCUGGUCACGUGGGACGCUGCACUCUACCUCGCUGAAUGGGCCAUAGAGAACCCAGCCGCCUUUGCUCACAGGACUGUCUUAGAGCUCGGCAGUGGAGCUGGCCUCACGGGCCUGGCCAUUUGCAAGACAUGCUGUCCCAGCACAUACGUCUUCAGCGACUGUCACAGCUGUGUUCUUGAGCAGCUCCGAGGAAACAUCCUUCUCAAUGGCCUCUCAUUGGAACCAGACACCACUGACCCUGAAAGGCACCCAGGACAUAAUGCCCACGACACAGAGAGCCCCAGGGUGACGGUGGCCCAGCUGGACUGGGAUGUUGUGACGGCCCCUGAGCUGGCUGCCUUCCGGCCAGACGUAAUCAUAGCAGCAGAUGUGCUAUAUUGCCCAGAAACUGUCAUCUCCCUGGUCAGAGUCCUGCAGAGGCUCUCUGCUUGCCUGAAAGACCAGCAGGCUCCUGAAGCCUACAUUGCCUUCACCGUCCGCAGCCCGGAGACCUGCUGGCUGUUCACCAACGAGCUAGGCCAGGUUGGGAUCCCAUGGGAAGCAGUGCCUCAUCACAACCAGAAGCUGUUUCCCUAUGAAGAGCACUCAGACAUGGCAAUUUUGAAACUAAUGCUGUAGGUUUACAAACGUUUUUAAAGAUUAACAUAAAAAUUAAAUCACCAUCCUGGAAAGAAUUUUCAUGUAGCAAAAAAUAAAAUUUUCACUGGACCUGAAUGCUUGAAGAAUGUUAAAUUCAGAAUCAGGAACUGCAAACUGUGUUCUAAUAAAAUAUAAACUAUUCAAGUGGGUGCCCCUUUCUGUCACUAGUUCUGGUUCUUAAGUAAAUCUCUAUAAAUCAUAAAUGAAAAUUUUGGCUCAGAAAUAAGCAUUUCAUUUGUGCAAAUAAAAACAUGUAUCAAGUAUGUUUCCCCACCCCACCCCCGAGCCUGUACCCACAUCCCUCACGAAGCCAAGCCCAUUGUACACGUUACAAUGCAGCAGGCUGCAGG